AUGGAGAGCAGCUCCAGCAGCCCUCAGCUCACCCAGUCAGAGCCCCUGGAGGCUUUUCCACAGAGGAACCUGGAGCCAGGUGACAUUGCCGUGCUGGUUCUGUACUUCCUCUUUGUCCUGGCUGUGGGACUAUGGUCCACAGUGAAGACCAAGAGAGACACAGUGAAAGGCUACUUCCUAGCUGGAGGGGACAUGGUGUGGUGGCCAGUGGGCGCAUCCUUGUUUGCCAGCAACGUGGGAAGUGGACAUUUUGUUGGCCUGGCAGGGUCAGGCGCUGCUGCAGGCCUUUCUGUCACUGCUUAUGAAUUAAAUGGCCUGUUCUCUGUGUUGAUGUUGGCCUGGAUCUUCCUCCCCAUCUACAUAGCUGGGCAGGUCACCACGAUGCCAGAAUACCUAAGGAAGCGCUUCGGUGGCAACAGGAUCCCUGUCAUCCUGGCUGUGCUCUACCUGUUCAUUUACAUCUUCACCAAGAUCUCGGUGGACAUGUAUGCAGGCGCCAUCUUUAUCCAGCAGUCCCUGCACCUCGAUCUCUACCUGGCCAUCGUUGGGCUGUUGGCCAUCACGGCUCUGUACACUGUUGCAGGUGGCCUGGCUGCUGUGAUCUACACGGAUGCCCUGCAGACUCUGAUCAUGCUUAUAGGAGCACUCAUCCUGAUGGGCUACAGUUUUGCUGCAGUUGGUGGGAUGGAAGGCCUGAAGGAGAAGUACUUCUUGGCGGUGGCGAGCAACCGGAGUGAGAACAAUAGCUGCGGGCUGCCCCGAAAAGAUGCCUUCCAUAUUUUCCGAGACCCCCUGACUUCCGAUCUCCCUUGGCCCGGGACCCUACUUGGAAUGUCCAUUCCGUCCCUCUGGUACUGGUGCACAGAUCAGGUGAUCGUUCAGCGGUCUCUGGCUGCCAGGAACCUGUCCCAUGCCAAAGGAGGCUCUCUGAUGGCUGCCUACCUGAAGGUGCUGCCUCUUUUCAUGAUGGUGUUCCCUGGAAUGGUCAGUCGUGUCCUCUUCCCAGAUCAAGUGGCUUGUGCAGAUCCAGAAACCUGCCUGAAGGUCUGUAGCAACCCCUCUGGCUGCUCCGACAUCGCAUAUCCCAAACUGGUGCUGGAACUCCUGCCCACAGGGCUCCGUGGGCUCAUGACGGCUGUGAUGAUGGCGGCGCUCAUGUCCUCCCUCACCUCCGUCUUUAAUAGCGCCAGCACCGUCUUCACCAUGGACCUCUGGGAUUACAUCCGGCCUCAGGCGUCAGAGAAGGAGCUCAUGAUUGUAGGCAGGGUGUUCGUGUUGCUGCUGGUGCUGGUCUCCAUCCUCUGGAUGCCCGUGGUCCAGGCCAGCCAGGGAGGCCAGCUCUUCAUUUACAUCCAGUCCAUCAGCUCCUACCUGCAGCCACCCGUGGCCGUGGUCUUCAUCAUGGGAUGCUUCUGGAAAUGGACCAAUGAAAAGGGGGCCUUCUCAGGUCUGAUCUUGGGCCUUCUCCUAGGCUUGAUUCGGUUGGUCCUGGACUUCAUUUACCCGCAGCCUCGGUGUGACCAGCCAGAUGACCGCCCCACCGUGGUGAAGGAUGUUCAUUACCUGUAUUUCUCCAUGAUUCUGUCUGCAGUGACUCUGAUCUCGGUGUCCAUCGUGAGCUGGUUCACAGAGUCGCCCUCCAAGGAGAUGGUAAGCCGCCUGACCUGGUUUACUCGUCAUGACCCCAUGGUCCAGAAGGAACAGGUACCACCAGCAACUCCCCAGACUCUUACCAUCUCUCCGAAUGGGACACCAGAGGCCAGCAUCACCAACAUCCAGUUGGAGAUUGUUCAGGAAAACAGAGCCAAACCCCACUGCUGUGACACGACCCCAAAGCGGUCCAAAGUGAUGCGAGCCAUCUUGUGGCUCUGUGGAAUGGAGAGCCUGGAUAAGGAGCCCCCGUGCAAAGCGGAACCUGUCAUAGUUUCCUUGGAAGAAAACCCCCUCGUGAAAACCCUUCUGGACAUCAAUCUCAUCAUCUGCGUUAGCUGUGCCAUCUUUCUCUGGGGCUACUUUGCUUAA